AUGGCCGCCUCGCAAUCUGCUGACACCCCAUUCCAACCUGCUGCUCGUCAGCAGGUUAUGAGCCCAAGCCUGCGGCUCCCCGGAGAAGAUCGACAAGGACCUCAGUAUGGUCGAAUACACGAGCAGAGGUUGGAUGGUGGUGCACCAAUAGUCAAUGGUUAUGGUUCAGUGCCAGUGACAUCUGCAGGGCAUGGCGUGCUGGAUUCAUCAGUGCAUGUGAGUUCAGGGGCUGUACCCAUGGAGCAAUCAGUGCAUGCGGGUUUGUCAGUGCCUGUGAGUCUAGGGGCUGUACCCGUGGAGCAAUCAGUGCCUGUGGAUGCAUCAGCGCCUGUGAGUCACUCAGUGCCUGCGAAUACAUCAGUGCCUGAGAACAUGUCAGUGCCUGCGAAUGCAUCAGUGCUUGCGAAUUCUGGGCCUGGCGUAGCCCCUGGAUAUGGUGCAAGCAUGGAUGCUGGGACUGAGUCAACCAUUGGAUAUAGAGGUGGGCCGGGUUUUCCACAGGGUUCGAGUUCUGGUGGUGGAGCAGCUGAUAACAUCAUGAGAAUGGAACAGCAUGUAGCUACUGGAGCUGGCCCUAUGGUGGAUAUGGAGGGACAAUGGCAUCUUUAUCCCUCACCACUGCAGUCUCCUGUGUCUGAGCAGGAGAAUCGUCAGACAGUGGAAAGUACACGAGCUGGCCGAGCAGCUCAUUGGUUUGCCCGACUUGGAGACUUCUUCCAGCAGCGGAGGGUGGAAGUUCACACUGCAUGGAGUCCGGGAAGACAAAUUGCAGAGAAUCCGUGGCUGAGACCACGAACGGCGCUGCAAAGUGGUGGAUGGGUUGGAGAGACCGCUCGCAGCCCCGAUCGACCCGUGACGCCACCUUCGAGUGGCUCUGGAGGUGUUCCUCAGGAGUUGGUGCAAGCGGAGGUAUCUCGGCAACUGGAAGUCGCGAUGGGCGACAUGUAUGGUGGUGUGAUGGAACGCAUUGCUGAGGAGAGAAAAAAGGCCGAGGAGGCAAUGCUGGAGUCGCAACGACUGCGGGAUCAACUCCGAGAAGUGGAGGCGAUGGUGGCGGAAAAGGAAGGGGAGGCUCAACGAGCAGUUCCACGAGGUCAAUCUGCACCUGAUCCGUCGUCGUUACCAAGAGUGACCGUCAAUCUGCACCUGAUCCGUCGUCGUUACCUGGUCCCAGCGUUAGAGCUGGGUGUACAGAGCAACCGAGGUCGGCAUCGUUGGAACCCGAGCGUGGAGCUAAGGGUUUUUUGCAGAGCCUCUUUGGAAUCGGUCACCAGCCUAGAGCAGAAAGGGCUGAAUCUGGUCCACGACAACAUCCACCUCUACGUGCAGGAGGAGGUCAAUCUUCGUCAACGCCAGGCAAUGAGCAAGUCUUGA